AUGACAAGAAAGGUUGAAUUCUUAUACAAUUUACAUUUAUUUUUAGAACAACAAUUAAGUGGUGAAGAAAACGAAAUCUUAGGUGAUGAUCGAUCGGAUCUUAUCAGUGAAGAGUCUGGUGAAGAUUUAUUUGCUGAUAAUUUUGAACGAGAUUAUGAAGCCAUUGAUGAAUUAGAUCGAUAUGAAGCAGGUGGAAUUGAUGAUGAUGAAGAAAAUGAUAGAGAACUUACUGUUGAACAACGUCAACGUGCUGAAAGAGAAAUAAAACGACGUGAACGUGAAAGACGUCGUCGUCUUGGUCAAGAAUUAAAUGAAGAAAGUGAUCUUGAAGAAGAAGAUAGUAGUCUUAUUGGUUUAGCUAGAAAAGGAAAACGUUCAAAAAUACAUGAUGAUGAAAUUGGCAUGGAUGACGAAUCUGAUGCUUAUAUUAAAAAUUUAGGUGAUACACAAGGUCAUAAAAUAGCUGAUUGGGUACAAAUGCCUGGCCCACAUAAUGAAGUAAUUCGACAUUUUAAAAAAUUCUUACGUACAUUUAAAAUAACAACAACAACUGUUGGUGGAACAAAUAAACCAAUUUAUCGUGAAGCAUUACGUCGUCUUGUACAAGAACAAAAACAAUCAAUUAUUAUUGAUUUUGAACAUUUAAUGUCAGUGGAUGAAAUAUUAGCAUUUUUUUUACUGGGUGCACCUGAACAAACAUUAAAAAUAUUUCAUGAAGCUUUAACUGAAUUAUGUUUUGAACUUUAUCCAAAUCAUCGAUCAAUUGAAAAAGAAUUAUUUGUACGUGUUAGUAAUUGUCUUCAAAAUGAUAAUAUUAGAGAUUUAAGAGUUGAACAUUUAAAUAAAUUAAUUGGUAUAAGUGGAGUUGUAACAACAUCAACAGGUGUUUUACCACAAUUAAGUAUAAUUAAAUUUAAUUGUCAAAAAUGUGGUUUUAUACUCGGACCAUUUACACAAAAUCAAGAAAAUGAAAUUAAACCAGGUUCAUGUCCAGAAUGUCAAUCUAAUGGACCAUUUGAACUUAAUAUGGAAGAAACAAUUUAUCGAAAUUAUCAACGAGUAUCAAUUCAAGAAAGUCCUGGUACUGUUCCACCAGGUCGUAUUCCACGUUCAAAAGAAAUUCUUUUACUUGGUGAUCUUUGUGAUAUGUGUCGACCAGGAGAUGAACUUGAAGUACUUGGUGUCUAUCGAAAUACAUAUAAUAUUUCAUUAAAUAUACAAAAUAAUUUACCAGUAUUUGCAACAAUUGUUGAAGCUAAUUAUAUAUCAACACGUGAAGAUAAAAUUUCAUUUGAAACUUUAACUGAUGAAGAUAUUCAAGAAAUUCAACGUUUAUCAAAAGAUCCAAAAAUUGCUCAACGAAUUUAUGCAAGUAUUGCACCAUCUAUUUAUGGUCAUGAAAUGGUUAAAAAAUCAAUUGCAUUUGCUAUGUUUGGUGGUGAAUCAAAAAAUCCUGGUGGCAAACAUCAAGUGCGUGGUGAUAUAAAUAUACUCUUAUGUGGUGAUCCAUCAACAGCUAAAUCUCAAUUUUUAAAAUAUAUUGAAAAAACAGCACAUCGAGCAGUAUUUACAACUGGACGAGGUGCAUCAGCUGUUGGUUUAACUGCUUAUGUACAACGUAAUGCAGUUACUAGAGAAUGGACACUUGAGGCUGGUGCACUUGUACUUGCUGAUCGAGGUGUUUGUUUAAUUGAUGAAUUUGAUAAGAUGUCUGAUCAAGAUCGUACAUCAAUUCAUGAAGCUAUGGAACAACAAAGUAUUUCAAUAUCAAAAGCGGGUAUUGUAACAACUCUUCAAGCACGUUGUUCGGUUAUUGCUGCAGCAAAUCCAGUUGGUGGACGAUAUGAUCCAGCAUUAACAUUUAUGAAUAAUGUUGAUUUAUCGGAACCGAUUUUGACACGUUUCGAUAUUUUAUGUACUGUACGUGAUAUUGCUGAUCCUGUUCAAGAUGAAUUAAUGGCUCGUUUCGUAACAGAAAGCCAUAUGCGUCAUCAUCCAUUAGCUGAUGAAAAUGAUGCAGAACAAAAUCAUGUUGUCCCUAAUAUAUUCAAUGUUGAACCAAUGCCACAAGAAAUCUUUAAAAAAUAUAUAAUUUAUGCUAAAAGACGUAUUCAUCCACGUAUGACAUCGAUUGAUCAAGAAAAAGUUGCUCAAUUAUAUGCAAAAUUACGACGUGAAUCAUUAGUAACUGGUAGUGUACCAGUAACAGUUCGACAAGUUGAAUCAAUAGUUCGUAUUGCUGAAGCACAUGCACGAAUGCAUUUACGUGAUUUUGUUAAUGAUGAUGAUAUUAAUGUUGCUAUUCAAGUUGUACUUCAAAGUUUUAUUGAUGCACAAAAAUAUGGUAUUAUGCGAACAAUGAAAAAAGUAUUUCAACGAUAUUUAACAUAUAAAAAAGAUAAUAAUGAAUUUUUGUUGUUUUUAUUAAAACAAUUAUUUCAAGAAAAUUUAGCAUUUCAACGAAAUCGUUAUGGUGCUGAUCGUGUUGCAUCAGCUGGAGCCGCAAUUAAAAUUUCUGAAGAAGAUCUUAAGAGUCGAGCUCGUCAAUAUAGUGUAUUAGAUUUAAAACAAUUCUAUGAAUCACCAUUAUUUCGUUCGCAUGGAUUUAAAUAUGAAGAUAAAUUUAUUACACAAGUUCUUUAA